AUGAGAAGAUAUCAGCAAACCCAAGCUGGUGGAAUAGACGGUAUCAUAAAAAGCUGGAGAGGACAUAUCAAAUCGGGAAUCAGAAUCACAAACGAGAAACAACGAGGCAGCACUAGACAUCCUACGCAAAGCCUAGGACAAUCUGAACCUCAAGAGCAAACCCAAUUAAAGAAAAACGAGUGGAGGACAACCAACACUUCCUUCAGAAAUCCGCUCCAAGCGCGACCUCCUCCACCUCCAAGACCUAAUCAGAGCCUAGCUCUCUAG